GAGGGUUUUGGAUGGGGGCUGGAGAAGUCAGCUGGGUGAAAACCUUUCAAACGUUCGGUCUAGGAGAGCGAGUUUUCCCGGGUAGAUCAAGUAGCAUAGCUGCGAGAAAGAGACGGGAAAGUAGCACGUAAAGUAGUAAAGGGGGGACUGGAGAAAGUGAGGUCUUCUUGUAGACAUAGAGGUGGCUUUUGUGGUCUUCACUGCCAAAAUCGGCUCUACGGCCAGUAGGUCGCAGGAACACAUCGGCACCAGCAACCAAAUCAUGAGGGGUAAAACACAGGUCCCUGAAGAGAACACGAGACCCCUAAACCCAACACAGCAAGUGCUUCGUCCCGGAAAACACAGAAGAGGCAUGGCAGCUCCAAAUGUGCAAAAUAAAAGAAAGCCCUCCGCAAGGAAGAUCAUCAUUAUAAUCCUCAUAGUUUUGGUCAUAUUGGCCAUUCUGGCUGUGGCUGCUUAUUUUAUCAAGCAGUUGAUCGAUAGCAAGUAUUUCUUCUGCUCCAAGUCGGUUAAGUUCAUUCCUCUGGCGAAGGCUUGCGAUGGUAAAGCGGAUUGCAGCGGAGGAGAAGAUGAAUCGGCCUGCGUCAUGAAGUUUGGACCGAAUUCCACCUUUCCCCUACAACUGGCCACAUCGAAUGACGUACUGCAGGUAUACAGUCCUGAUAACAAUAAAUGGAAAAGCGUAUGUGCAGAUGGAUUCACCCAACAACAUGCAGAAACAGCGUGUCAACUUCUGGGAUAUACGUCUAAACCAUCAUUCAGCACAGUUAAAGUGGGUCUUUUGCCCUCUGCUUUAAAGAUGUCGUUCUGUGCUGUGGGCUCAAGUAAACCACAAUCUUUCCAAUCCACUGUUUCAGAUCAAACGGUAUGCAGUUCACAAACAGUUGUCACGUUGACAUGCUCAGUUGACUGUGGUGUGGGCCACGAGGACCGGAUUGUUGGUGGAAAGGAUGCGGUUAUUGAGAAUUGGCCUUGGCAGAUCAGUCUGCAAAACAGUGGCCAGCACACCUGUGGAGGGUCACUGGUGUCUCCACAGUGGGUAGUUACUGCUGCUCACUGCUUCAACGGUGAUGGUAGGAAAGAUCUCAGCAGAUGGACGGUGGUUUCUGGAAACACAUAUCUAAGCUCUUCUGGAGCUUCCGCUGUGAACAAAAUCAUUGUUAACAAAGAUUACAUCCCAUCGCAAAACGACUAUGACAUCGCCAUGAUAAAACUUCAGUAUCCUAUUACAGUGGGAGCAACCCGUAAGCCUGUGUGCCUGCCCCCCAAGGACUUCGGCCUUAAAGCGGGAGACAAUGUAGUCGUAACUGGCUGGGGACAUCUGAGCGAGAGAGGUAAUUUGUCACCAAACUUACAGAAAGCUCAGAUCCCAAUGAUAGACCAAAAUCAAUGUUCAAGUCCCACAGUCUAUGGUUCAAGCCUAACUCCCAGGAUGAUAUGCGCUGGUUAUCUGGAGGGCAAGGUGGACGCGUGCCAGGGUGAUAGUGGUGGUCCUCUGGUACAUUUAGAUGACCGUUGGAUGCUAGUAGGUGUGGUUAGCUGGGGUAUGGGCUGUGCCAGAGCAGGUCGCCCUGGUGUUUAUACCAAUAUGGACCAAAUGCUCGACUGGGUCCACUCGGUCAUGCAGGAAUUUAAGUGAGUUUGGGACAAAGGACUUAUUUUGACAAUCCAACAACAUGGAUUUACUACAAAGAUCUUCAGUAUGCGAUGAGAGAAAAAUGUAUGCAGUAAUAUGUAUAGUGGGGGUUAAAAAUGGAUUUGGGGAGACUACUUAAGGGAAAAAAAUGCAAAAUCAAAGCAUUUUUUUUUUCUGGUGGAUUUUUAUUAAUGGUCUGGUGGACCCCCAGUGUACUGUAUAUACAAACUUGACAAAUUUGUGAAGGAACUUAUGCGGAGGUUUUUGUCUGCGCUCAGGGUCUUGUGAUAUGUUUAAAGGUGUCACGAGAAAGAUUUUGCACAUCUUAAUGUAUACAUUUGAACACAAAUAUUGCUAAAAGAGAGAUAUCACUGAUUCUUCUCUUUUGGACAACAUUUAGUCUUUUUGUGGUCUGCACUGAUGCACUACAUGUUUAAAACAAAGCGAUGUCAAAUACACUUUUGUUUAAAUCUGUUUUGCAGCCACAUCAGAAUGCAGUUUUAUUUCUUUCCAAGGUCUUCCCAGGAUAUACUCUUCAUUUAAAAGUCUUAAGAAACUGCCAUGCUAUCAGUUAAAGAGACCUGGUCCUAUACACGUUGCAAUUUUGCUUCUGUGUGUGCACAAAAUACACUAUCAUGAAAAACAAAAUGGGGCAGAAGUUUUUAAAAAGGUUCAAAUAUUUACCAUGUAGGUACAGAUAGGUAUACAUUUGUUACCAUUGUGUACCGGUGAGGACCUAAAAUGUGCACUGUUUGCACUCUUAUGUGAGGUCUUUAGGUGCAAAGGUGUACAGGUUUUUUCUUACAGUGUACAGAAGUCACUCCAGAACUUUCUAUAAAUCUCACAGUAAUUCUGCUACUUAAGCAAUAUUUUGCAAACAAAUCUUUUUAUGUAGCGCCACUCCUGUAUCCACUAUAAGCUGGUUUAAUUCAGUUCUCACUACUUGAAAGUCAGAAGUGACUUCAGUUGUGUAAUGUCAUGUCCGUAAAUAAGUAAUUUAUGUGUGAACAGAUUAAACACUGAAGUGAUGACCAUAUACAGCUGCUGCAUGGGUGCAUAUGGCCAUGAAUCAUGUUUACCUGAAGUUUUCAAUACGUGGAUUAGUAUUGAAUUCUUCUUAUUGAGUUGUAAACUCAAUUAGCUUUUUUAAAUAUUUGUUAAAAUGUACAUUUUUAAUUUUAUGCAAACUUUUUCUUUCGUUUUUUUUUAACUUAUGAACAUUGUUUUUUAUGUAUGUAAAUAAUGCAAAUUCACACUAUUUGUGAAAGUAAAGGAUAUUUCUUGUAAAUAUUACACACAUUCAAUCUGGUUUUUCAUGUCAGAUUUAUUAUAAUAAACACUGGUAAAAAGUAA